CUCACAGCCGGCACAUGCUGAUUUAUUUCCUAACAGCCGAGCGUGAAUUUCCAUUUUUUUUUUAGCUGUCUAAAAUGCCUGUGCCAGUUGGGCAAGGCGAGGCCUGGGAAAAAAAAAAUACCUUUACAUCCUGGCAGAAAAAUCCAACAUGGGAAGCUUAUGUUGUCUGCCGCGACUUGCUGAGGUCUGUAGUUUGGGAUUAAUGUGCAUUGGAAGUUAUCAGACUGUGCACGGGCAAAUACGACAAGGCAUUUGAGAACAACGCCGGACGUCAGAUAGCCAGAGGGAGGCCGGCAUGGAGGGAGGGCUGCCCUUCUGAUCGCAAUGAAAAGAAAACAAUCGAAAUUAUAAAGAAAUUGCAAUAAAGAUCUGACUGAAUGAACAAUAUGCAGCAUUUUUCAGGUUUUUCUGGAUUUUCCAACAUGUUUGGAAAGAAAAAGAAAAAGAUAGAAAUUUCAGCCCCCUCCAAUUUUGAGCACCGAGUUCACACUGGAUUUGACCAUCGGGAGCAGAAGUUCACUGGCCUUCCCCAGCAAUGGCAAAGCUUAUUGGCGGACACGGCCAACAGACCAAAGCCAAUGGUAGACCCGUCGUACAUCACUCCGAUUCAGCUGGCGCCAAUGAAGAUAUCUCCAAAGAAAGUGCGGUUGAGCGACACGCCUUUACAAGAAACCAUCGUACGAGGAAACAAGCCGCAGAAGGACGCCGCGAUAAAUGGAUUACUGGAAGAAUUUGACAGCAUUUCAGUAACACGCUCAAAUUCCCUGCGCAAGGAGAGCCCUCCGGCACCCCGGCAACCCAACUCCAAUCACGUUCCAGAGCGCCAUGAAGAAAAUGGCUUUGGUAGUUAUUACUCCCGAUUCUCAUGUGACUUGGAAACCGCCAAGGAAAUGCCCGGAGAGUCGAGAGAGAAAACGUUUCUCGAGGGAGACUUUGGGAGGCACUAUAGACUGCCAAAGCAAAAUGGACAUACUGUAAAGCCGAGGGGGGUGGACCCAUUUUACCCGGAUGCUAUGCCCCAAAAGUCUGAUUUUUCUAAGCUGCCCCCUGACUACCACACUUACAUGGAAGGCAGGAUUCGAUCAGUUGAUUCCCUUGGUGUAAACCGAGACUACUAUAGGCCUUCUCUCGGGGGAUACUCAAGUGAUUAUAAAGAACAAUCCCAGAACACACCGUCAAGGACUUCAAUUCACAGUGAGAGAAUUGACUACUCGGACAGUGACUGGGGAUACGGACCACCAAGAGAAGACUAUGAAAAGCGACCAAAGUCCUCCUACGUAAGCCAGACCAGUCCCCAGCCAGCCAUCAGACAGCGAUCACGAUCGGGAUCUGGCCUUCAGGAGCCCAGCUUGCCAUAUGGGAUGGGGGCUUUUAAAUCGACACAGCAAGGUCACUGCUACAGCUCCUACACGUACCCUCGUCUCUCUGAAACCGUGAUUACCUCAGGGGUUCCAAAGACAGAUUACGAGAGAGCACAGAGGGACAUAAGCCCGCAGUUGCCUGGAGCAGAGACCUACCCAAGGGGCCCAAUGAAACUACCUCAGACUCAGACCAAGACUGGCUACCCAAGCAGUUAUCACCAUCCCUCGACUUAUCAUAAGCCUUCUCCGUAUCACACUUCCUCUGCCCAGCCCAGUCCACAGUAUAGCGGCCACGGAGCUUAUUCCCAGCCCUCCUCCCCGUACAUUCCGCCUGGUUCGUAUCCUCCACCCAGCUGGGGAUCUUCUUCAGAUCAGCAGCCCUCCCGGGUAUCUCACGAACAGUUCAGGGCAGCCCUUCAGCUGGUAGUUAAUCCUGGGGACCCUCGAGAGUAUCUCGACAACUUCAUCAAGAUCGGAGAAGGCUCCACUGGCAUCGUAUGUAUCGCCACCGAAAAGCACACGGGAAAGCAAGUUGCGGUGAAGAAAAUGGACCUCCGGAAGCAGCAACGGAGAGAACUGCUUUUUAACGAGGUAGUGAUCAUGAGAGAUUACCACCAUGAGAACGUCGUGGACAUGUACAACAGCUAUCUGGUUGGAGAUGAGCUAUGGGUUGUGAUGGAAUUUUUAGAAGGAGGUGCUUUGACAGAUAUCGUAACUCACACCAGGAUGAACGAGGAGCAGAUAGCCACAGUCUGCUUGUCGGUGCUGAAGGCCUUGUCAUACUUGCACACUCAAGGGGUGAUUCACCGUGACAUAAAGAGUGACUCGAUUCUCCUCACAAGUGAUGGAAGGAUAAAAUUGUCGGAUUUUGGCUUCUGUGCUCAAGUAUCUAAGGAGGUCCCUAAAAGAAAGUCCUUGGUUGGCACACCUUACUGGAUGGCACCUGAGGUCAUCUCUAGAAUGCCCUAUGGAACAGAGGUGGACGUCUGGUCACUUGGCAUUAUGGUAAUAGAAAUGGUAGAUGGCGAGCCACCGUACUUUAAUGAGCCUCCACUUCAAGCAAUGAGAAGAAUACGAGAUAACUUACCACCGAGGUUGAAAGAAUCCCAUAAGGUGUCGACGGUUUUACGAGGAUUUUUGGACAGGAUGUUGGUGAGGGAGCCAUCACAGCGAGCAACUGCACAAGAAUUACUCCAGCACCCGUUCCUAAAGCUGUCUGGACCUUCCUCCUGCAUUGUGCCCCUCAUGAGACAGUAUAGACAACGUUAAAGCGAGGACCUCGCUGUUUUUGAGUGUCCUUUAAAAAAACAAAAAAAAAAAAAAAAAACAAAAUGGACCAGUGAGACUGAAACAAAUACCACAACGGAACAUUUCCAGAUUAUUGUAGGGAGAGAGAAUCGAAAAUCUUUGCCCACUUAGCUUGCACUGAAGAGCACAAAUUCGAAACUCUAACAGCAAGACGAUUCUUUGGAAAAAACGGGGUAUGUGAUGAAUGCAUCAGCCAAAAUUUGCAGUCAGGUGGAUCUUCACGAGCAGCGCAUUUGCAGUAGUGUCUUGGGCUGGCGGCGGUUUGAUCAAGCAGCCUGCUUCCUCUGUCACUUCAGUUUACAACAUUCGUGUAGCCUUAGUGCGCCUCUCCAGUAGAAACACACGAGACUCAUCUUCUUAUUGGGCAAAACUGGGGUUGGGAAGUCGAAAUAACACGGGAGUCGCUUUUUUUUUUAAAUUUGGAGAAAACAAAAUGGAAAAGCACUUUUCUCUUUUAAAACUAGCAACAAAAUGUAUUUUAGAGCAAAAUGUAAUUUUCUGUACAGGUUUUAAGAAGUUUUUCAGUAUUUGUGAUGUAACCAUUGUGAUAUGAGCAGUAUUAACUACGGUAGAACUUUUCAAAAUUUCGAUAAACUCCACAAACGCAUCCAAACUUCCUACCGUUUCUAAUUCCCUUUUUUUUAAUUAGUUAUUCCUUCUGACUCACUCAGGCAGACUGCGAAACGAUACGUUUGAACAAGGAUUCCAUUUAAGAAAAAAGAG